GGGCCAGGUGCUCCCUCCCUCUCCCUCCUCCUCCCUCCCCUGGGCCCUGCUCCCUGCCCUCCUGGGCAGCCAGGGCAGCAAGGACGGCACCAAGGGAGCUACCCCAUGGACAGGGCCCCACAGAGACACCACCGAACAUCUCGGGAGCUGCUGGCUGCAAAGAAGACUCAUACUUCACAAAUUGAAGUCAUCCCUUGCAAGAUCUGUGGGGAUAAGUCGUCUGGGAUCCACUACGGGGUUAUCACCUGUGAGGGGUGCAAGGGCUUCUUCCGCCGCAGCCAACAGUGUAAUGUGGCCUACUCCUGCACCCGUCAGCAGAACUGCCCCAUCGACCGCACCAGUCGAAACCGGUGCCAACACUGCCGCCUGCAGAAGUGCCUGGCUCUGGGCAUGUCUCGAGACGCUGUUAAGUUCGGCCGAAUGUCCAAGAAGCAGAGGGACAGUCUCCAUGCAGAAGUGCAGAAACAACUGCUGCAGCAGCAGCAGCAGCAACAGCAGCAGCAGCAGCAGCAGGAACAAGUGGCCAAGACUCCUCCAGCAGGGGGCCAUGGAGCAGAUACCCUUACAUACACACUGGGGCUCCCAGAUGGGCAGCUGCCCCUGGGCGCCUCACCUGACCUACCUGAGGCCUCCGCUUGUCCCCCUGGCCUCCUGAAAGCCUCAGGCUCUGGGCCACCCUAUUCCAACAACUUGGCCAAAACAGAGGUCCAAGGAGCCUCCUGCCACCUUGAGUACAGCCCCGAGCGAGGCAAAGCCGAAGGCAGAGGCAGCAUCUAUAGCACAGCCGGCCAGCUUACUUCUGGAAGACGUGGACUUCCUUUUGAGGGAUCCAGGCAUCCUGAGCUGGGGGAAGCAGAACAGGGUCCAGACAGCCACUGCAGUCCCAGUUUCUGCAGUGCCCCAGAGGCACCGUACGCCUCUCUGACAGACAUAGAGUACCUGGUACAGAACGUCUGCAAGUCCUACCGAGAGACCUGCCAGCUGCGACUGGAGGACCUGCUGCGGCAGCGUGCCAACCUCUUCUCCAGGGAGGAGGUGACCAGCUACCAGAGGAAGUCAAUGUGGGAGAUGUGGGAACGCUGUGCCCACCACCUCACCGAGGCCAUUCAGUAUGUGGUAGAGUUUGCCAAGCGGCUCUCGGGUUUCAUGGAGCUCUGCCAGAAUGACCAGAUCAUACUACUGAAAGCAGGAGCAAUGGAAGUUGUGCUUGUCAGGAUGUGCCGGGCCUACAACGCUGACAACCAUACAGUCUUUUUUGAAGGCAAAUAUGGUGGCGUGGAGCUGUUCCGAGCCUUGGGCUGCAGCGAGCUCAUCAGCUCCAUAUUCGACUUUUCCCACUUCCUCAGUGCCUUGCGUUUUUCUGAGGACGAGAUUGCCCUCUACACAGCCCUGGUUCUCAUCAACGCCAACCGACCUGGGCUCCAAGAGAAGAGGAGAGUGGAGCAUCUGCAGUACAAUCUGGAGCUGGCCUUCCACCACCAUCUCUGCAAGACUCACCGUCAAGGCCUCCUCGCCAAGCUGCCACCCAAAGGGAAACUCCGGAGCCUGUGCAGCCAGCACGUGGAAAAGCUGCAGAUCUUCCAGCAUCUCCACCCCAUCGUGGUCCAGGCUGCCUUCCCUCCGCUCUAUAAGGAACUCUUCAGCACUGAUGUUGAGUCCCCUGAGGGGCCAACCAAGUGACCUGGAGGAGAGACAACUUUACUUCCUUCAGCCUGAUGGCCCGUCUCCCUGGACUCCGUUCCCUCAGCCUCCACCUUCCUGUGCUCUGUGGAGGGUGGUCUCCCUCGGAGUGAGCAAACACUGAGACUGGUUUUCUGUCCCCCACCCCCACGCCCAGGCUUGCCUGGCAGAACAUCAGUAGCAGGUGGCGGAGAAAAGGCUUGCUAUGGUUGAUUUCCCAUAAGUUCCACCCUGGCUUCUGGAAGGUGUGGGGGUAGACGGGAUGUAAAGGCCUGUAGGACAAACAAGUCGAACUCAAAACAAACAGACAGGGGGAUAAAUCUGGGUACCGGGAUGAAGAGAACUCAGUUCUAGGCUCCAAAGCUCACAGAAGUCCUUCAAAUACCUCAUCGUAUUUCUCCAGCUGGGGGAGAUGGACCUAGCUCAGAGACUGGUGGUGGCAAGCAGUCAGAAGCAAGAAUUCAGAUCCUUGAGAUUUUUCUGCCUCCCUCCUUCUUAGUUCAGUAAAGAAGUUAUUGGCCA